AUUUUAGUACAUAUAUAUAUAUUAUAUAUAUAUAUAUACACGUGUGAUGUAAAAUAUUAUUAUACUACUAUAUAAUUUUCUUGUUUGACAAAUUAUAACUGCAUAUAUAUAUUAUUAUCAUACAAUGUUUCUUUUAUUAUCGAGUAACGUUAAAAUGUUUUAUAAACAUAACCUAAAAAUGUUGAAAUGCUAUUAUAUAGUUGAAGCCGAUGUCAUGUAUUCGGUGGUAUAAGUAAGUGAGUGUGUUUAAAAAGUAAAAUUCUCUCUUGAAGAGAAAAAUUCUGAAAUGCAAAGUAAUCAUAUACAAUGGGUGAAUUAAAUGUGUGUUUUCAAAUAGACACAGAUAAUCGUGAAAAUUUUCCAUCUGCCAUUACGUUUCAAACAUUUAAAAAUCAACGAGAUACAUUUUAUGAGAUAUUUAGAAUAUGGGAAGAAAAUCAUUCGGUACCAGGAUGGACAUUUCAGAUAGCAUUAGGAAGUAAAAUACGAUCUAUGUUGACACUGCAUAACGAUGCCAUCAAUUAUUAUCAUUUUGCAAGAUUAUUUAAGUCACAACUUUUAAUUUCAUGUGUACAGAAUAAGCGACAGGCAGAAAUAGAUGAUGAAAAUAUAAGUUUUUUAAAAACUUUGAAAUGUGUCAAUCCUAAAAAGUUGGAUCAACUGCAAAAACGAUUAGUAACACCUCAACCUUCUAAAAAUCAAAUUACAGGACCAUCUUUUCCAGGAGUACAAGAAUUUUUCAAAGACUUUAUAUUAUUUGCUUUUAAUCCAAUUUUUUAUGUUCACUUGGAAAACUGUUUGGUUCAUGAAAUUAUGGAAUUGAAUGAUACUCAAUUCAGUAGUAGCGAAAUAGAAGAUUCAGACACAAUGGUCGAUGAACAGACACAAGAAAAUUUUAUUACUUGUUUAUCCAGUUUACAACUCCUUGCGAAAAUACUAGGUCUUGUCGUAUCUUUGCCAUACAGAUCAGAAUCGAAUAAUUUUAAAGAGUUGGUAGCAACUCAAGUAGAAGUAAGAAGUAAAGUUUUACCAACAGUAAAUUUACAUGUUUGUCUUCAUAAUGCAAUAACGUCAGGAAAAUUGUCGUUAACCGUACCUUGGAUAGCAAAAUACUUGGCUAUGCUGGACGCCGUGUCUCUUAGAUUACCAUAUUAUAAGCAAAUCUUGGAACUUUUAUACUAUAUUUAUAAAGCUGUGAAUCAAUCCGAGUUCUUAGCUCCUGACAAUUCUAUUUCUCAACAAACAGCAAUUCUUUUAAAAUCUACCUUAGGUUGGCUAUUUGAAUUACCAAAUUUUCCAAAGGAUUACUAUCCUUCUUGGCAGGAGACAUACAAAGUUAAAGAAUUGCAAAGUCUUAAACAGUUUGACAAACAUGCACAAAAGAAUAUACUAUCCGGAGAGCCUAUAGUAUCUGUUACUUCGGCUAAAUACAAUUUAGACAAAUUAGAUAUGAUUAAUGAAAAAACAUUGCGAAUAUGCUGUCCUUUGGCUGGAUUAAACGUACCUGCACCAAAUUCUAACGCAAAUAUAAAUAAUUGCAAUUCAAAUAAACAUAUUACACCAGUUUCUAGUCAACUUGACAAAUCUGUUAGAAGUACCGGUAUAAAGCAUUUAGAGUUGCAAUUGGAAGAAGCGUUCUUUCAUGGCCAACCAGCAUCUACUCGUAAAACAGUAGAUUUCGUGUCCGAGCGAGUUGCCUCUACUUGUGUGAAGCAUAUAUGCAACACUCUGUUAAUGUCCUCUAGAGAAACGAAUUUAAAUAAUUUUAGGAUACUUUUGAAGAAAAAGCAAAACGAAAGGCAAUGGGAAAAAUUAGAAGAGUCGUUACUCAAUGAUACCGCAGAUUUUAAGGCAUAUAUAAUAAAUGAUAUGAAUACGUUAGCUGGAAAUAUGUCUAAAGAAUUGAAGGAGCAGUGUGAAACAUCUAUACCGAUGAUCUGUGAAAUAAGGGUAACUAAGUCUAUAGAAUCUCUUUUGGCUGAAGAUUCUUUGAGGUCGGUGAAAGAAAUGUGUGUUAAAAUUGCUACAAGGUUAGCUACCGAACGUAUACACCAGUGGAUCCAAUCUCAUAUAGUGGGUGGGUCAUUGUUCAUAAAAGACAUGGAAUUGGAAUUAAAUAGAUUCUUUAGAAACAGUACACCAUUGCAUCCCAUUCAAGAAAAGAUACAUAAUCCAAAUGCUAUUAGUCCAACAACUAUUACCGACGAUAUAAGAGAACUUAUAUGGAAGAUACUUGAUAACGGUGGACAAUCCUUAACGAUAACAUGUGUGUCAGCUGUGUUAGAUAAUUUGUAUCAAACUUUAAACGAAAGAGCUGAUUUAGUUGUGGGACCAGAGAAGGUUUUGUAUUUCCUUAGCACCGAUUUUGCUUUAUUUUUAGUCGCUUAUCGAAGUGAUCUUUUCACCCAAAAAAUUCAAAAAAAAUUGAUAAAAGUGUGGACAAUGGAUCGUUGGAAAGCUAUGGAGUUAGACUCUCCUAUGCACAGAAUAUUCAGUUCUAGAAAUAUUAUGUUGUUGGGUCAACCAGAAAAAGAGGAGAUUUGGCCAUUUUUCGGAAAGUUUAUUAGGAAGUUGAUAGAAAAAAAUGUUUUAGACGUUGAUAGUUUUAGCGAUCAAUGCGUAGCUUUAUUUAGACAAGAUUGGCCCAUGCCUGUUAUGAAGCAUCUGUCGAAAUGUUUGACAGAGGUUAUAACGGGUUUUAAAGCGUCGGACGAGAAAACGGAGAAACUGAAAUAUUUGUUAGGAUGGAUAGCAGAAACGUAUAGUAAGAUAGAAUUUUGUAACGAUUAUAGUCCUAUAGACUGAUGUUUCUUUUCUUUGGUUUUACUUGUAGCUUCUUAACCCUUUGUACUCGGCGCGUUUCUCUACCAUUGCCUACCGGUAAAUCUGGCACAUUUUUGCAGCGAAGCGUCUGAGAAAAAAGAAGUCUUAUUUUGAGUGGACAAAAUUACACGUGCUCGUGAAUGUAUUUGAUUUUAUUUAUUAUAUAAAUAUGCAUUUUUCUCUUGUAAAUAAAAGAAAUUUUAAAUUUUGUAAUUCA